GGCGUCUGGUUUUCCAUGUUAGUUCUAUUUUGAAAUUACCAACCCGGAAACGGAUCCCUUUUCUUCUUCCUGUUUCCUCUGCUGUGCACUUGGAGAGGAUUUUACUAUGGCUCAGAAAGUUCAGAAACUCGUCGCUAAAGUUCCCACACUUCUCGGCGCCGCUGUCACAUACUCCAAACCACGGCUGGCGACCUUCUGGUAUUACGCCCGGGUGGAGCUGGUGCCUCCGUCCCCUGCGGAGAUCCCCAAAGCCAUAGAGGCCGCCAAAGGUCUGAUCAGGAGCUACCAGACGGGACGCCUCGGACAGACCACAGUCAAAGAUGUCGUGAGGAAUGGACUUGUGACCACUGAGGUGUUGAUGUGGUUCUUCAUCGGAGAGUGCAUCGGCAAAGGAGGCCUGAUUGGAUACAAUGUCUGACUAAUGGAUUUCUUCUUUUUGCACUUGUGAUUAUGACAUUCUCAACAAAUUCCACUUCAUUUUAAAAUAAAAUUAUUGAAUCAG